CGAGCCAUUCCGAUCUUGAAACCCUGAAGAAAGCAUUUUGGCCGUCAUUCGGCCAAAACUUGCUGAAACGUCAAAAACGUUUCGUAUGCCGGCAGCUAAUUUAUGUACAUUCGGAAUUUGUGGACUCAAGCAGUUCGAUGGUGGAACUCAUUGAGUUGAUGGAUAAACAAAGAUUGAGGCGAGAUACAAGAAUAUAUAAAGCCUGUCCGACCAAGCAUCGUCCUCAUUUCGUUAUUCGGAUGGGUGGACAAGAUGCGCGAGCUACGAAUAUUCCUUGUGAAACUUUUGGUGGUCGUGACUCUUGUGGAUUGCGCUUUGGGGUACGAGCCUGAGGAUGAAACUCUAUCAGCAGUCACUCAUCAAAUCAGACUUACUUCUAAAAAUGCGUUGGUCGAUGUCGCGACGAAAAACGGUGUGAUCAAUUUGGUAGUCACGAAAAAUGGCAUCGGGUCGAAGCAGAAAAGUAUUCUGUUUACAAAGGAUAACGAGAACGAAAUAUCGGAGGAGCCGCUAUCGUUGAAGAACGAUUGUGGUAAAAACAAAGUUUGUUUAUGGCGAGGGUCAAAUUUGGAAACAAUAAUCGAAGCGUCUCCGGAUUCGGAGAGUAUAAAGAUCUCAAGAGCUUCGAGUGAUCCGUUGACGGAUUGUUGGGAUUUCGGGGAUGAUCAAUGGUACGGAGGUCCGCAAUUGCGAUACCAGGCAUGGCCUAUACAGCACAUGUAUUACGAGGAGGAGCCAUACGUUCCGACACAUCCGAAAAACAUGGCCUUGGCUGAGCGCUAUUGGUUGAGCAGCGACGGUUACGCGAUUUGGGUGAACGAGACAGCGCCGCUGUUUCUCGAUCAAAACAACAUUCUGGACAGACAUUUGUGUCUGAUGGCGCAGAACAAGCCGCCCUACAGAAAUCGGGAGCGAGUGCGAAUGGACUAUUUUCUUAUUGUUUCGGCGUCUCCGAAAUCGGCCCACUUGUACGUGGUGGACAAGUUUUUGGGCAAGCCAAAGGGCAUUCCUGACACGAGGAUGAUCAGGCUUCCGAUCUGGUCGACCUGGGCUCGUUACAAGGCGAACGUUAGCGAGAAAGUGGUGAACGAGUUCGCGGAUGAAAUAUUGUCCUACAACUUCACCAACAGCCAACUGGAGAUCGACGACAAUUGGGAAACUUGUUACGGUUCAGCGACUUUCGAUCCAGUUAAAUUCCCGAACGUCACGACGCUGACGGCGAACCUGAAGAAAAAAGGUUUUCGUGUUACUCUGUGGAUUCAUCCGUUCAUAAACGAAGGUUGUGAACCGGCGUAUUCGACCGCUCUCAAAAACGGUUAUUUCGUGAAAAAUCUCGAUGGUGCUGUUCGCAUGAGCUGGUGGCAAGGCCUCUAUGCAGGUACCAUCGAUUUUACAAAUACAAAAGCAGUCCAGUGGUGGGUCGCUCGAUUGAGAUUGCUCCAGAACCUCGGAAUCGACGGAUUUAAAUUUGACGCCGGCGAAGUUUCCUGGUUGCCACAGAUACCCUCUCUGAAUGCCACGAUCGACCUUCAGCCCGGAGCGUUCACCAACGAUUACGUCAGUGCUCUCGCUCAAAACUUUAACAACCUCACCGAGGUUCGAGUCGGAUGGAAAUCACAACAACUUCCCCUUUUCGUCCGUAUGAUCGACAAGGACACAAGAUGGACCUGGAACAAUGGAUUGCCCACUCUCAUCACGACUCUUCUCCAGAUGAAUCUCAACGGAUACGUCCAUGUGCUUCCAGACAUGAUCGGUGGCAACGGCUAUCUCAACAAUUCCCUCAAUGGCACUUUUCUUCCAUCCAGAGAGCUCUUCCUUCGUUGGCUCCAGGCCAACGUUUUUAUGCCAGCUCUCCAAUACUCUUUCGUUCCCUGGGACUACGAUAAUGAGGUUAUUUCCAUUUCGAGAAUAUACACAGAGCUUCACGAUGUUGCCACUCCGCUAAUCGUUGAUCUAAUGCGAAAAGCUGUCACCGAUGGAACUCCUGUUAAUGCCCCUAUAUGGUGGAUCGCACCGCAUGAUCAAACGGCUCACAAGAUCAACGAUGAAUUCAUGCUGGGAGAAUCCAUUUUGGUUGCUCCGGUGACAGCGGAAGGAGCUGUGUUUCGUGACAUUUAUCUACCGAUUGGAACUUGGGUAGAUCCUUACGAAAAUAGAACAUAUACGGGACCGAUUUGGCUGUGGAGUCACCCGGCACCUCUCUCCGUUUUGCCGUUCUUCGUGAAACAAUCGGCCAGCAGUGAUAAUCUGUUGCAGGACCUACGUAAUGCAAUCCUUCCGUAAUGCGCGAGCCCGAUGAAUGAUGAGAAUACAAAUUUAUUUUGUUAUUUCGUCGUAUUUAUUCAUUCUAAGCCUCGUAAAUAUUGUAUAAAAAUAAUUAACAUCUUUCAAUUCAAUAUGAGAAGCGAUCUUA